GUUAUUGGUGUAACAUGACAUCUUUUUUCAGAUGAACUGAAUUAAAGUGAUCUUGACAAUGAGUAGAUAAGACACUGUCAGAAAGCUGAAAAAACAUGUCAGUGUCAUAGUCAUGACACAAAUGCAGCAGCACAGCCACACAGUGUCAUUAAGUGAGUGUCUCUCGAACGGCGCCCUGGAGAAGACAGGAAGUGGCUCUGCUCUUAAAUACCAGCACUUAGUCACAAAAAAAUAAUAAAUAAAACAAAGCACAAAGUUCAUCUUAAUACUCAUUUGAAGUGACUUUGAUGAGUCUCUGAGGUGCAUAUGUUUGUAUGGGGAUCUCUACACACAGUGCAUGUGAAAGAAUUUUGAGGCCUCAAAACCACCUUCCUAGGAGCUAGAAAACCAUUCAGCUUCAGCCUUUUGAGAAUACCGUUAAAAGUAUGGGUCAUGAAAUAUGCAAAGUGGUUUUAUGGAUAGUGAUUGUAACCUUUUUUCUGAUUUGCUUUUUUCAUGGAAUGAGGGGAAGCAGUCUUUAAUAAUACGUGAAAAAGGAAUACAUUUAAAUAUGUAUUUCUGAAUCAUGAAUUUUGUAAAUAGGUGAGUAAAGGCUGAACUGGAAUCCAUCCCAGGUAUGAAGAGGGAAGCAGACAUUUGGUGGCUCUCUUUUCUCUUAUGAUGAUGGAAGCAACUCAGAGCUGAAUUAUACAUGUAUGUGUAUGUGUAUAGUGUGCUCUCUCUGUGUAAGCCAUGCCCUGUCUACAUUUAAAACACCUUUAUGAAAAAUAUAUUUAUCCUUAGAAUGACUUUUAAUAUCUUCAUCUCUAGGAUCAGAGGUGGUUGAUCUCGAUGGAAAAAGUUCCCUUCUCUACAGAUUUGAUCAAAAAUCCCUGAGCCCAGUAAAGGACAUUAUUUCUUUGAAAUUUAAAACCAUGCAGAGUGAGGGGAUCCUCCUUCAUCGGGAAGGACGAAAAGGAGGUCACAUCACCCUGGAACUAAGAAGGGGAAAACUCUUUUUACUUAUUAAUUCAGGCGAGACAAAACUGCCCGCCACGCACACCUUGAUCAACCUCACCCUGGGCAGCUUGCUAGAUGACCAGCACUGGCACUCGGUACUUAUCCAGCGCCUGGGCCAGCAAGUCAACUUCACAGUGGAUGAGCACCGGCACCGCUUCCAUGCCCAGGGAGAACUCAGCUACCUGGAUCUGGACCAUGAGAUCAGCUUUGGAGGGAUUCCAGCACCUGGAAAAUCAGUGUCAUUCCCCCAUAAACAUUUUCAUGGAUGUUUAGAAAACCUCUAUUAUAAUGGAGUGGACAUUAUUGACUUGGCCAAGCGGCAAAAACCACAGGUCAUCAUGAUGGGCAAUGUGUCAUUCUCUUGUUCACAACCACAGUCUGUGCCUGUGACUUUUCUCAGCCCCAGGAGUUACUUAGCACUGCCUGGUGCCUCUGGGGACGACGAGAUUUCUGCCACUUUCCAGUUUCGAACCUGGAAUAAGGCAGGACUUUUGUUAUUCAGUGAACUUCAGCUGGCUUCAGGGGGUCUCCUCCUCUUUCUUAGUGAUGGGAAACUCAAGCUGCAUCUCUACCAACCAGGAAAAUUAUCCAGUAAUAUCACAGCAGGUGGUGGAUUAAAUGAUGGGCAGUGGCAUUCCAUCUCUGUAGCUGCCAGAAGGAACCACCUGAGUGUGGUGGUGGAUGGCCAAGCGGCUUUUGCUGCUCCUUCCCUGGGGCCCGAGCAGCUUUCUUCCGGUGGCACCUACUAUUUUGGAGGUUGUCCUGACAACGGCUUUGGCUCCAAAUGUAAAAAUCCACUUGGUGGAUUUCAGGGCUGUAUGAGACUCAUUUCUCUCAGUAACAAGGUGGUAGAUCUGAUUUCAGUUCAGCAGGAGGCCCUUGGGAACUUCAGCGACCUUCAGAUAGAUUCUUGUGGAAUUACAGACAGGUGUUUGCCCAACUAUUGUGAGCAUGGCGGUGAAUGCUCCCAGUCCUGGAACACCUUCCACUGCAACUGUGCAAACACUGGCUACCGGGGAGCCACCUGCCACAACU